GGCUACAGAAUAUUUUUCAGUGGACUGUUUAAUGAUGAUUUUUCAGUACUGAGACUAUACAGUGUCAGGUGAUAUGAUGAAGGAUGAAUAAUGAAAUGGAAAUGAUUUGGAAAGGAGUGGUCAGGGCCUAACACAGGCACUAUCCUAACAUUUAAUGGGAGGACUGAAGAAAACCACGAAAAUCGUUAGUCAGGAUACCAGGUUCCCAAACCAAGAUUCGAACUGAGCAUCUCCUGAAGACAAGUCUUAAUGUGUUAUCUCCAAACCAUCUUGUUUAGUGCCACUGCAGAAGUUCAAAUUUCAUACUGGGUACACACACAUGCAUACAUGUGUGCAUGUGCAAAAACUCAAACCGAAUUCAUCUGAAAUAAAAAGCAGGAAUGCUAACAACUUCAUCAAUUUAUUUUAAUUAAAUAAAUGGACUUACAAAUUACUGAGUAAGUUCAGCAGAGUGAUAAGGAAUUAGUCUGUGACUGUUUGGUCUGAAUGGUGAUGGGGAAUUGGCUAUCUGGAGACCGAAGUUCAUUAUGUUGCCUAUCAUCCUCCUUGGUGUAAUCGCCAGGUUGACGGUAGUUUCUGCUGACUGUGACAUCGGUAAAUUGAAUCUCAACCAAACAGACUGGACUAAUUUUACAGGUACUUGGUAUUGGCUGUACCACAUCCCCCAUAAAUAUGACGACAACCUGGACUGUCCGGUGAUCACGUAUGAUGCAAUCACUAAACAGUUCGCAAGAAUAACAACCUACGUGUAUGUCAAGAGCACGCGCACUCGCGAUCGACUGGUGGGAACUGUUGUGGACUGGAACACCAAAGGAUAUUACGACGUCUAUUAUGCGGAGCCUAGUUGUGUAGCAAAUUGUUCAGUGACUGAAAGUUUCACCCGAACUCCAGAUUACGCAAGAAUAUGGAGCGGCAGGUACCAUGUGCUUUCAGUUGACCACAACCGCUACGUCAUUUUUAAGUAUUGCUGCUCCACGGUGAACAAAUUAUUCAUUUACGUCGCGUUCAGAACUCCGAAUCCCGAUGCAGAAACUCUGGAUGAAGUGAAGGAAGAACUGAAGAAAAGUGGCUUGGAUUUCAAUCAGCUUGUGAAAUGGGAUACUAAUCACCAUUCAUGAACUUUGUGAGAAAUUUUCGUCACAGACAGAUGCGUAUGUGCACUGCAGCAACAGAUAUUCCUUUAUAAUAACUUUUCAAAAAUAUGGGUAAAAACCCUUUAAGUUUACAUAAUAACAGAUGAAAAAGGCAAAUAAAUAGAAAUAGCAAAGUUAACACAGAAUCACAUUUGUUGUAGGAUUCGUAACUCCUCAGGAAAUUUUCCAAUAUACCCGUAGAAUUCGAAAUGAACUACAGACGAAAGGGCCAGGCUUGAAAUGAUAUAAGAUAAUUUCAAUAAAAUUUGCAUGCCUGUUUCGAAAUGGAUCUUCCUGAUAAUUCUUCUACAAACAGAAUUAAGAAAGAGAUCCAAGCACAUGACUUGAAGUUUCAUUUCGCCAGCAUCAGAUUUUUAUUUUUCGAAAGUGAGCAAUUCCUGGGAGCUCUUUUACGUCGAAAUAUAUUAAAAUUCCUUGAUGAUCAAAUUCUGUUUCCAGCAUAAAGUAAAAAUUUUACACAAGAAAGCGAAAACCCUAGUACAGACGUUCAGAAACAGGAGCACCAAAAGCAAACACAACAAACAAGACCUAUACAUCUGAGCACAAAAGCCUUUCAAAUUACAUACCAAUAAGAGGACACUGACGUGUAGCGCUAAACAUCGCCGCACCGUUAACGAAAUUAAAAUUGCGAGACAAAUAUCUGCAUAUGUUCAACAGCGUUUAUCAUCUUCCCCCCCCCCACAAUUGAGUAAGGAAAUGACUACGUUUCCGAAAUGUUUUUUUUUUCAGAACAGUAGAAAAUGAACAAAGACCAAAAGACGAGCAAUCCUGAUUGUUAUACAACAACGUCAGGAACAUUUACAGUAAAGAUAUACUAUGUUUAUGUACAGACAUGAAGUGAUCCUGUUUUUCACUCUAUGUGAAAAAUCAUGAUCAUUUAAAAAAUGCAAAGAAAAAUUAUGUAAAGACAACACAUAAUCCUGUAUUGGAAAACAUUGCUUAAAACCUGAAACCGAAGUCAUUAU